AUGCAGGAGGGAUUACGCGCUCGUCGGCGUCGCGAUCAUCCCUCGCCACGUGUAGAGAAUGUUGAGCAAGCUGCGGGAGGUACUAGUGCGUGGGAUAUAGCUGUCGAUGGCGGAAAUAGCGAUGACGAGGAGCUUGAUGGGUGGAUGUCGCGUCACGGCGUGGGCAGAUGGGGGAGAGGAGAGGUUGAUGGGUCAACUGAUGAGACGUCUCAAAAGUCGGCAGCAGUGGUGGCCACGGCUGUGGUUCCCGAUAACCCGGACAAGAUAGUAGCGCAGGUCAAGGCGGCAGUCCAGGCAGUGCAGUUGCUGCUGCCAGCAGCAGCAGUGGUGGCAACAGCAGUGGUGCCAGAUGACCCAGACAAGAUAGCAGCGCAGGUCAAAGCAUGGGCAGACGGGGAAGAGAUUGGUCCAUCAACUGAUGGGAGCAGUGCUGCUGGUGGUACUGGUGGUGGUGGUGGUGGUGGUGGUGGCGCUGCUGCUGCUGCUGCUGCUGCUGCUGCUGCUGCUGCUACUGCUGCUGGAGCAGUGGAUGUGAUUAUAACGACAGGGGGCACGGGGUUCUCCCCUAGGGAUGUCACUCCUGAGGCCUGUGCACCACUCUUCCACCGCUCUGCACCGGGCCUCACCCAUGCCAUGCUGCAGGAGAGCCUCAGGAGUGCCUGGCCGUACUCAUGCCAGCUCUACCGCAUGGGCUGA